CCCUGAUUGCCUAGCGCCACCGAACGGUUGCUGUGAACAUGGCGGCUGCAAAGCAGGAGGUCAUUGACCUCACCGUGACACAGUCGUCCGACGACGUGAUCAUCCUCGAAUCUGGUCCAAGCACGGCAGUUGCGACGCCCAAAAGCAGCGGAGGAGAUGAGUCCCACACGAAGAAAAAAAGGAAGAGGAAGAAAAGAAAGUCAGCUGCUACCAGUGUGGUGGAGGACGGGGAAGUGAUUGAGGCGACUUCACGAGAACGGACCACGGAACCCUCUGCGAUCCGCAAUGGGGAGCGCGAGGGGCGCCGGCACCGGUCGCGUUCGAGAGACGGGCCUAGAGACACGGCCGAUACAACAUUUACACACGACGACGAACUUUCGGCGCUGUUUUUCUCAGAUGUGACCGCAGAUGCGCUUCCCGCAAUCAAACCCGUGGCGAGGUUGCAUAACCUGGAUGCUGCUCAAGAUCCGUCUCCUGCUACAGAAACAAAGCUUCUGCUCCCUGCCCACGUGGAAGUUCUCCCCAGUGCUGAGGGCGGCGUUCUGCCCGUCGAGAUUCUACCUCCCUCGGACGAUGAAUCGGACGAAGACGCCAUAGAGUACCUCGACUAUGACGACGGAAAGGCAGCAGGGACAGUGCGCUACUUCGAUGCACAAGAGGCGCAGGAAGCGAAACCUCGCAAAUUUGUAUGUAAGAAAUGUGGGGCCGAGGGAGACCAUAAGACAUUCGAAUGUCCUGUACUCAUUUGUCUUACAUGUGGUGCACGAGAUGAGCAUUCAACCCGGAGCUGUCCAAUCAGCAAGACAUGCUUUACCUGUGGCAUGAAGGGUCAUAUAAACGCCACCUGCCCCAAUCGUAACAAACGCAUGACAAGAGACACCGGUCGCUACGAUGAGUGCGACCGAUGCGGAUCUAAUCAUCACAGGACCAAUGAAUGUCCAACACUUUGGCGCAUAUACGAGUAUGUGACCGAUGAGGGGCGAACGGCGAUACUAGAAGCGCGCGAAGCGAAACGGCUGCUACCUCUUGGCGAAGGUGGCGAGGCAUAUAUUGCCGGAGAUGAAUGGUGCUAUAAUUGCGGUGGCUGCGGCCAUUUGGGCGAUGACUGCCGGGAACUUCCACAUCCCCGGGAUCAUCCCGUCGAGGCAUCUGCAUUUGGCAGCUAUAACAUACUGUCCGGUCCGUUCGCAGACCCAUCCUCAUCUCCUUCGGCGAAGGGUCAACAACGACGUGAGCCGAGAGACUGGGAGCGAGACGCGUUACCGAUGAACUGGGGUCAGGACGCGCCAGCAGAGGUGGGCAAGAUGGGCCGCAAGAAGGACCGCGCGCGGAUGGAGAAACGAGCCAGGGACGCGGAAGCAGAUGGCGAGGAGGACGACUGGUUCGGUCGUCUAAAGAACAGUGACGGAUCCAGGAGGAGCAGGAACGAGAAUGGCCGGGAUAGGGAUAGAAUUAGCGGAGGUGGUCAUCGCAUGGACGGGGCGAGUGGUACGAAGAAGAUCACCUUUGGUGCCAGCUUGCAGGACAGGCUUGGCACAUCCUCUGAUUCUGGUAGCAAACCAGGUCUUGCGGAACGUUUAGCCAUGGGCAGGGACGAUGGUAGGCAUGAAGGCAGAUAUGGAGGAAAUCGUCCAAGAAGUGGGGAUCGACGAGAUUGGGACACAGGUCGAGAUAGAAACAGGGACAGGGGGGACCGAGGCAGGGACAGGGACAGGGACAGGGACCAACACCACGGCAGACACAGAGGCCGCAAUGAUGCGGGAGACAAGGAUUCAGAGCGACGACGAGAUUGGAGAGACAGGCAGCCGACCGCGGCCGGUCCUAGGUACAAGGGCGGUUACUCCAGGUAGCAUCCGUCAAUCGCCCGAUGGACGCGCCACGCAUUCCCCCGGGGCCGGAUCAUCCCACUGUCGGCCACUUGCAAUCCUUUCAAGAUUUGCGGAUCCUGCGCCCACGACUACAACCAACUGCGGCCCCCGGCCGGCUUGAGCAUCCGUUAGCAAUUCUCAAAACUCGGAACGACCUUUGCGACCACCCCGGCAUUUUAUGCCAUGAUCCUGCUUAUCGCCGGAGUUAACGCCACCCGUAUAAUCGCGGCACCCCACAAUAGAACCGUGACGGGAAGCAAGACGUCGAUUGGUCACUGCACCCAGUGCAUUCGUCCCGAUGCUCUCAGUGGAUCCUCAAUCGUCAUGGGAAGGUUCCGCACUCGUGUAUCCCUCGUUCACUCGCGGAACCCCGGCCUGAAUGUCAGCCGCCUGAGCUCGCCACCUUCCUUUACCCCACCUUUGUGGCUGGAAGGGCAAAAGCUACUGUAUACGGGACACCUGAAUGCAAACGUUGUACUUUCUUCUCCCG